UGUAAAUAUGAAAAUCUUGUAGGGUCGUUUUCCCAACCCAGUCAUCCUCAACCUCUAACUCCUCUCGCACCACCUUUUCUUUGCCUCCCAACGCAGAUUGAAUUCCCAAAUUCACGGUCCUCACUCUUUUCUCUCAGACAACUUUAUCUUUCUCUACAACCAAAAUUAGGGUUUGUAAUUCCCAAUUAAAUGCCCGUUUUUUCAAUAUAUAUUUUUUUUGACUCUGAUGAUAUCCUUUUGAAUUGGGGGUGGGGUUGUGGGUAUUCCUUUUUGUUUCAAUUCUAGGUUUUAGUUUUUCAAUUUCAGCUAAAAAUUCCCUUUUUCUAUUUGGUUGUGGGGCUUUUCAUUGUUCGUGAAAUUUUUGGUGGCUUGGAGCUGUAAAUGUACUAUUAGAAAUGUCAGAAUCCAAUCACCAGAACUCAAUGUAUGGCUCAGGAGGUGCCCCGCAGAGUAACCAAGUUGAGGAACAAGAAGACGACGUUGAAGAAUCCAUAGACAACCCUCACAUACGCUUCGAAGAUAGUAGCGCCAUUCCUCCCAAUCCACUGUACCUUACCGGCUCAGAAUACCCUCCGGCGGCGGCCACAAACGGCGGCUCUGAUCAGCUUACGCUGUCGUUUCAGGGCGAGGUUUAUGUCUUCGACGAAGUUUCUCCUGAUAAGGUGCAGGCCGUACUACUACUUUUGGGCGGAUAUGAAAUCCCUUCUGGCAUUCCUUCGAUGGGGCCGGUUCCUCUUAACCAGCAAGGUAUGAAUGACUUACCUGUAAAGCCAAUUCAACCGCAAAGAGCUGCAUCUUUAAGUCGGUUUCGUGAGAAAAGAAAAGAACGUUGUUUUGAUAAGAAAAUUCGUUACACUGUGCGAAAAGAAGUUGCACUCAGAAUGCAGCGUAAGAAGGGUCAGUUUACAUCAUCUAAGGCAAGUUCUGAUGAUGGGGGCCCUGCUUCAUCUGGUGCAACACAGGGCUCUGGACAAGAUGAGAGCAUGCAGGAAACUUCGUGCACGCACUGUGGGAUAAGCUCAAAAUCAACUCCAAUGAUGCGUCGUGGGCCAGCAGGUCCAAGGACUCUAUGCAAUGCAUGUGGGCUCAAGUGGGCUAACAAGGGAGUUCUAACAGGUGGUCCUAAGGUUUCAAAUAUAGGUAUGCAGGAUCCUUCUGCAAAGGGAAUUGAACAGGGUGAUGGCGAAGCUAAAGACCCAGUUGCUAUAACCAUGGGUGCCAACAUCGCCCCUUCCUCUAAUGGUGACAACUCAGCCAUGACUGUGGACAGGAAUUUAUGAAGUCCCUUGCAGCCUGGUUGAUUGCCAUUUGCUGUACUACAAAGGGAUGUCAAAUAGAUUCAAGUACGUUAUCGAGUGUACAUAUGCUUUAGGGACUUGGAGCUAUAAACUAAUAUAGAUUUGAAACCCUAUUAUUUUAUGUGAUUGUAGUCUGAGGACCAAAUUUAGAACCUCAUGUCAUUGUAGCAUUUGCAUUCUA